GGCCUGAGCCCUGAGUGAGUGCACCUGCUUGGGGGGAGGUGGGGGAGGGGCGUGCUUAUGCGUCCCUGUGGCUGGGGGAGGGGGGCGGGCACUGCUGAGUGUGUCUUGCGGAACCCAACUGGCCCCUCCCCCACCGAGCCCCCGGUAUUGCGGGGUCUCCUUACCGGUCGCCGGUGGCCCUUUGCACACAUUGGGGGAGGGGGCGGGUUCUGUAGCUUUACACCGUUUGCCUCAGUUAACUCCAGUGCAAAAAGGGGGUGAGAGCAGCCCGUCCCUCCCCCCCACCCCACGUAUCCCUUCUGUAAAGCAGUAAUUCCAGGGCCUGGGAUACAGGAAUCAAUCUCUACAGGCAGCUCUGAGUGCAAACUUUGCCCGGUCCUUCCGUUUCCCUGGAGGGCUGUGGGGGCUGGAGGUUUAUUGACAGGAGGGGGAGGGGGACUGGGGCUCCUAUCCACCUCUGCUCCUUGACUGAUUUCCCUCCUAGUGGUCCUGGGACCUCUGUCAUCAUUUCUGGUGCCUUUGGCAGGUGUGAGUUCCAUGUUACAGGUGGAGAAACUGAGGCUUGGCCAGGGUCACAUUGGCCUUCCAGGGAUUCGGGGGAAGGCUUUGUGAUCUUGACUCUAUGGGGCUCAUGCUCCCUGGGCUACCCUCCCUGCAGGGCAGAAGAUCUUAGUGUCCAGAACUGGGGGUCCUGGGAGGGUCUCCCCGCCCCUACAGGGGACCUCUCUCUGCCUCCUCCUGGGGAGCCGCCUCUCCCCACUUUCCCUGCCCUCAGGACUCUCUCUCUCAUUGUGGGCAGGUCAACAUCCAACCUGGGUAGAGAAUCUUCAGACCCUCUUCUGCACCCCGGCUGGCAGAGGAUCCAAACCCGGAAGCAGAGACAUGGCCGCUGGCAGGGGGAGACCGUCUUCCAAGGAGUUGGUGACAAUCAAGGAUAUUAUUGUGGACUUAACUGAGGAAGAAUGGGAGCUGCUGGACCCUUCUCAGAAGGAGCUGUACAAGGAGGUCACGCUGGAGAAUGUUCAGAAUCUGUUGUCCCUAGAUGUAGAAAUUGGGUUCAAGGUAAAUGAGAUGAGUAAAAGGCUGAGAAUUUUUGUGGAAGAACAUGAUCUGCAAAAGUUUAUGGAUAAUGGUCCCUGUGACUUCUAUUUGAAGAAAAUGCAUGAUUUUAUUCUCGAAGUACAUAGCUAUCCAAAGAGUUAUUGGGAAGUUUGUGAAAUUGGAAGGAGAUUCAAAUGGACUAAUAUCCUAAAUAACUGUAAGAAAAUGACCUCAGGAAGUGAUUAUCUUCAAGGUGGCAAAUACAAGAAAUGCUUCACUGAAGAUGUACAGCCCUGGGUUCCAGGUAAUCAGUGGGACAUAGCUGUGAAGUACAAUUCAGACCUCCGUGGUGAUCAGAAAAGUGAUACCAAAGAAAUGGUUUCAGUAAGUAAUAAUGAUGAGAAUGCUUUCAGUCAUAACCUUAAUUUCAUUACUUAUCAGCAAAUGCAUAUUGGAAAAGAACCUGACGAACAUAAUGUAUGUAAAACAACCUCAUCCUAUCACUCGUCUCCUCUUUACCACCCUGGAAUGAAAAGACAUGGGUAUGAUCAGCGUGGGAAAGCCUUUAAUUGGAAUCUAGCUCUUGCUAGCCCUCAGAAAGCUCAUACUGGAGAGGUGUCUCACAAAUGCAAUGAAUGUGGGAGAAGUUUUUAUUACGGAUCAUUCCUGCUUGAUCAUCAGAGAAUUGACCUUAGAGAGAAGCCUUCUUUAUGUGUUCAGUGUGAGAAUCCUUACGUAUGCAAUCAAUGUGAAAGAACUUUUACAGAUAUCUCCAGUCUAGCAAAACAUAAGAAAACGCACACUGGAGAGAAACCUUAUGAAUGUAAUCAAUGUGGAAAGACUUUUAGAUCAAGCUCCCAUCUUGUUAGACAUCAAGGUAUCCACACUGGAGAGAAACCUUAUAAAUGUAAUUAUUGUGGAAAGACUUUCACGGUGAAGGGCAAUCUUGCUAGACAUCAGGGAAUCCACAUUGGAGAGAAACCUUUUAAAUGUAAUCAGUGUGGAAAGGCUUUCAUAUGUAAUUACAGGCUUGCAGAACAUCAGAGAAUCCACACAUGCAACUCAAAUCUUGCUGCACAUCAGAGAAUCCACACUGGAGAGAAACCUUUUAAAUGUAAUCAGUGUGGAAAGGAUUUCACACACAGUUCCAAUCUUGCUUUACAUCAGAGAAAGCACACUAGAGAAAAACCUUUUAAAUGUAAUCAGUGUGGAAAGGCUUUCAGAUUCUCCUCCAAUCUUUCUAGACAUCAGAGAAUCCACACAGGAGAGAAACCUUUUAAAUGUAACCAGUGUGGAAAGGCUUUCACACAGACUGCCCAUCUGGCUUUACAUGAGAGAAAUCAUACUGGAGAGAAACCUUUUAAAUGUAAUCAUUGUGGAAAGGCUUUCAGAUUCUCCUCCAGUCUUGUUACACAUCAGAGAAUCCAAACUAAAGAGAAACCUUUUAAUUGUAAUCAGUGUGGAAAGGCUUUCAUACAUAAUUACAAACUUGCAGAACAUCAGAGAAUCCACACUGGAGAGAAACCUUUUAAAUGUAAUCAAUGUGGAAAGGCUUUUGUGUCCAGCUCCCAUCUUGCUAGACAUCAGAGAAUCCACACUGGAGAAAAACCUUUUAAAUGUAAUCAAUGUGGAAAGGUUUUUAGAUUCUCAUCCAGUCUUGUUACACAUCAGAGAAUCCACACUGGAGAGAAACCUUUCAAAUGUAAUCAAUGUGGAAAGACUUUCAGAUUCUCCUCUAAUCUUGCUACUCAUCAGAGAAUCCACACAGGAGAGAAACCUUUUAAAUGUAAUCAUUGUGGAAAGGCUUUCACACAGAGUUCCAUUCUUGCUAAACAUCAGAGAAUCCACAUUGGAGAGAAACCUUUUAAAAUGUAAUCAAUGGGGAAAGUUUCAGAUGGAGCUCUCAUUUUGCCAGACCGCAAAGAAUCCACAUUGGAGUGAAACUUUUUUUUUUUGACGAUUGUUGGUUGUUGUUGUUUUUUUUUUCUUCCUAUUUUGGGUAGGAGAGGUUAGCAGUGGGAAGUGUACUAGCCAUAAUAUUGUCCUUCCUCUGAUCCUCUAAUCUAAAACAAUACAGAAGGCAUCAUUACAAUAAUGAUACAUGUAAUAGAACAGAAGGACUGAGAAAGCUUUGAAAAAUGCUUUAUUAAAUUCAUUACUACUCAAAAAAAAUUCAAACUUUGCAAAUUUGUUUCUUGAGAUAUUUU